AUGAGACUGAAACUUGCCGAAAUUUUGAAUCCAAACAGCCAGCUAGGGCGUAUCCUUCCAUCCCCAAACCAUUCAACUACUACUAUGCCAACAGCGGCAGUCGCAACGAAUUCGACUAACUCAGUGUGUCUAGACAACAGUGAAGACAAUCCUCCGAUAGUGCACCGUGCAUCUGUAGGAAGUUCGAACCGAAGAAGCACACGUGCGUCCGUCGAUCCCUCCUCGAGAGGAGUACUUUCAUUUCAUAAUAUCAGUUACAACAUCGGUCGAAAAAAUACGAAGUGUCAUCUGCCUUGCUUGAAAGUAAACUCGGGAAGACAAAUCAUCGAAAACGUUUCGGGGAUUUUUGCACCAGGAAUGAACGCGAUUAUGGGACCGACUGGUUGUGGAAAAUCUUCACUUCUUGACAUAUUAGCUGAUCGAAAAGACCCUCGUGGUCUAUCUGGUAGCGUCUUGCUUGAUGGAUGCCCACCGCCUCCAUCAUUUAAAUAUAUCGUCGGAUAUGUCGUACAAGAUGAUAUUAUUAGUGGAACGUUGACUAUUCGAGAGAAUCUCAUGUUUUCUGCAAAUGUUCGUUUGGGUAGCGACAUUACAAAUGAUGAACGACGAGAACGAGUAGCACAGGUUAUACACGAUCUCGGGCUUGAAUCAUGUGCGGAUACGAGAAUCGGUACAGAAUUUUUACGCGGUGUAUCGGGUGGAGAACGCAAACGAACAUGUAUAGGAAUGGAGUUAGUACUUUCAUCAAAAAUACUGUUCCUCGACGAACCAACUACAGGAUUGGAUGCAUCUACUGCUCGUAAUGUGAUGGAAUGUCUCAAAGAGCUGACGAAAAAGGGUCAUACGAUUAUUUUUUCAAUUCAUCAGGCACGAUAUUCUAUCUUUAAAUUAUUCGAUACAAUUUUUCUCAUGUGUAAAGGCAAAACAGUUUACCAUGGCUCAGCAUGCGAUAUGUUACCUUUCUUCAACACACUAAACUACCACUGUGAACAGCAUGAUAAUCCAGCUGAUUUCGUGCUCGAUGUUCUUAUUGAUACCAAUCGACAAUCAACAGAUCUGAAGAGAUUAACUGAAGCGUACAUGCAGUUGGAUAUAUACAAGAAAGUUGACUCUCUUGCUCGACAAGACAUUCAUGGUGACCGAGAGGAAAGACUUCGUCGAAGAGAAAAAGGAGAAGCUGCCAGACCACUAAGCACUGAAAUCUAUUACGUUGCGCAACGAACAUUGAAGAAUGCAAUCAGAGAUCCGUCGUUAUUCUUAUCACAAAUCGUAGUAGCGAUCAUUUUAGGACUACUAGUUGGCUUAGUGUUUUAUGAUAUGAAACAAACAAUCGAUCCCGGAGUGCAAAAUCGUUUGGGAGCGAUCUUUUUCAUUGUAAUUAGUCAAGUAUUCAGUACAGUAACUGCACUCGAACCUUUGCUAAAAGAACGUGUUCUGUUUAUCCAUGAAAACGUCAGUGGUUAUUAUUGUAUAACAACAUUUUUUAUCUCCAAGCUAAUCUGUGAUAUACUACCCAUGCGAAUCUUACCAUCGAUACUGUUUUCGUUGAUUGCCUAUUUUAUGACCGGUUUGCAAAGAACAGCAGAUCAAUUCUUCAUUUUUCUUAUUACUAUCUUCAUGGCUUCGGUCUUUGGAUCAGCAACGUGCUUCUGCAUCGCGGCAGCAAUACCUAUUUUCGCUGUCGCUCUGAUCGUCGUCGAAUUAAUCUUUGUUGUCAUGUUUGUGUUCAGUGGUUUUAUCGUUGAGCUAACCAGUGUGUUUCGAUGGAUAUCGUGGAUACAAUGGAUCAGUGCUUUUCGAUAUGCAUCGAAUAUGUUAACCGUGAAUGAAUUUCGAAAUGCUCGGUUUUGUUUCGCUAAUGCAACGAAUAUUUGUCCGAUGAGUGGCACGGACGUACUAAUUCGACAUGAAAUAGAUUACGCUUCAGAUUGGGAUAUGUGGAAAUAUUUUUUUGCCUUAUCAAUGAUGUCGAUCGGAUUUUUAUUUUUAGCUUAUAUUCAACUUUUUCGAAUAAAAAAGACAAAAUAA